AUGGACUCCAAAAUCACCACCGCCCAAUCCCUUCGUGCUGCGCUUGCAAAACUAGACGCCGAUAUCAAGGAGGCAGUGAAGAGUGGGGAGGUUAAAAAGACGAUGAGGAAGUUGAAUGUGGUCCUGAGAGAGGUCUUGCGCGUCAAAAAGGCGAAGACCCAUCCCGAAAUCUUCAAGGAAUUCGGCCACUUUUUGUGGUCGGUUGUGGUGGAUUACAAAAGGUGCAGCAAUGCGAGCGACUUUGACGUUGCUAGCUUCGCUGCCAAGCAUCGCGAUGCGCUGGCAAAAAUUGAGGGCACCGGCCCACAAUUGACGUCUACCACAGAGUCCGGACUUGUCAAUCCGACACAAGUUCCCGACAUGUCGCAGUCGGCUACCGCUCGCAUUCCCCAUGUAUCGCAGUCGGCCACCCCUUGCCUUUCCGACGCAUUGCAGUUGGCCACCCCUCGCGUUUCCGAUGCUUCACAGUCGCCUACCCCUCGUGUUUCCGAUGCGUCGCAGUCAGCUGCCCCUUGCGUUUCCGACGCAUUGAAGUCGGCGACCCCUCGUGUUCCCAAUGCGUCGAAGUUGGCGAUCUUCCGUGUUCCUGAUGCGUCAAAGUCCGCCAUCCCGCAGGCGGCGGCAAAUGACAUUCCAAAUGUGUUGCAGUCGGCCCCAAAUCGCGGUAACCGCAAGACACCCGCAACUCAGUUGUCCGCAGAGUCGGGCGGGUUCAAGCUGACGCCCUCUGAGGCUACAAUUUUGGCAUUGUCCAAUGUAAUAAUGAAGCCAAACCAUGCCUCAAGGGCAGUUGCAGAACUUGCUACUUCAUCCUCAACCCAUCAUGUUCCUCCGCCUGCCAAUAACCCGGCUCAAAAGUCCAAGACCCAGAUUCAGCGAGGAAAGAGGGGCUCAAAGAGCGGCGAGAGCUCGAGGGGAAGCCUCCCAACAAAGUCAGUCGGUUUGUUCGCUCAUGAGGUUGCGAUGGCACACUUUGACCGCCCCGAUAGCCCUGAAAACAAGUUCAGGGCAUUAAAGCUGCAAAAAAUGCUGAAGAAGGCUCCACCCCAAGAGCCCAAAUCGGGCUCUGAAUACGAAGAAGUGUCGGAGAGUGAGGAGUCGGCCGUGGAGACUGGGUCAAAGCGCAAGAGGUCAGUAAAGGCGCCGACUCCGACAACAACGACUCCAACUCCGACUACGACUACAACUACAGCCACAAAGUGUGAUCGAUGCCUCAAAAACAACAAAGAAUGCCAGGAGAUAUUAAGCGACAGUGGGAAACGUGCGUAUGCCUUUUGCAGCAAGCACAAGAAGGGUUGUACAUGGGGAGGUAUCUUGGUUUCUGAAAAUCGUCGGGCGAACAAGGCAUCUGCGGCAAAGACGUCAAAGAGGGGACCGAAGGGCAAGAAGUCGGAAUCGACUCCUCCCUCUAAUGAUGAGGCCAUGCCGCCCAAAAAACGGGUGAAGUCUCAGCAAUUUGUGAUAGACACCGAUGAGGCCUCAGAGGGCGAACAGGCUGCUACAAGGCCAACACAAAGGUCGAUGCAGAAGCAAAAAAGCAAGCCUUCGGAAUCGGUCGAUUUUGUUAAGAUUAGCUCCGGCUCCGACACCCCCGCUCCUUCCAAACCUGCUCCGACUUCUGCAUUCUCUGCACCCUCAGCAGCAGCUCAGAACCCCGCUUCUCUUCCAUCGCGUUGUUUGCAAGACUCCGACAUCAUUGACAUCCCAACCAUUUCCGACUUCGCCAGGCGCAUCAAUGAGUUGGAAAUCAUGGGUUGCGCGACUCAGGUUGACUUAGCAAUUCUAAGAACAACCAACGAAGAUCUGCAGGAGGAGCUUUCCAACUUGAAAGCGGAAUAUAACUCCCUCAAGCGCGGUUACGACAACCUAUACGAGAGAGUUAGUAGGCAUCGCAAUGCUGCGGUUGAUCGGCAUUCGGCGUUUUCGUCGAAGUGGGAGGCUGGGAUGCAAAAGGUCAAAGCCGAGGUGAAGUAUCUGUCCGACUCUCUUGAAAGGACCGACACCACUCUCCUCUCUCUUGAAGGCCGCGUUGACGAGAUUCAAAUGAUGCAUCAAAUGACUAGUGACGGCGCAUACCUUUCUGAGGAGUUGGGUGAAGACUUGGAGAGUGCCAGUGAGGAUGGUUUGGAGGAUGGUUCAGUUGCAAUGGAUUUGUCUUCGGAUGACAAGGCAAGUACUUCCAGCCCUGCUACCAACCUCAAUGCCGACUCCGACGUCAACGACAAUCCCGCUUCCGCUUCCACCUCCGACUUCGACGCCGAUCCCGCUUCCGACAACGCCGAUCCCGCUUCCGACCACACCGAUCCCGCUUCCGCUGACAAUGCCGAUCCCGCCUCUGAUGGCACUGCUAAUGCUGUCACGGGUAAGAAAGCGGAUCACAACGCCACUGACACCAACAUUUCUGCUGCGGAUCACGGAGUCAAGGCAAUCGGAAGUGAAAACAUUGAAGGUAGUGGCCCAAUCGGUGAUGUUACUCCUCCGCAACCACCCACUACACCACCAGCACUUCCAUUGUCACCCCCCCCCCCCGCCCUCUAUAGAUAA